GGGAGAGAGAGGGAGAGAGAGAGAGAGAGAGAGGAGGGAGAGGGUGAUGAAAAGGGGCUGAAGCUUCCUGCCCAUGCUCCGCUGUGAGUGGACGGUGUAGGCAUGUGAUGUGGAUCUGUGGACUCUGAUUGGCUGAGCAUCUCCUGGGAGCCAAAAGGGUGGGGAAGGAGGGAGGGGGGAGAGAGGGAGAGAGAGAUAGCGAGUGAUGGAUAAAAGGAUGGAGAGGGAAUGGAAAUCGUGAGCGUGAGAGAUCGUGACAGAGAGAGGAAAAAACGACAUCACGGUGGCAAUGAAUUUAAAGUCGAGUGUUUGGGUCGUAACAUGUUACAUAAUAUACUUUUGCAAAUGACUACGUCAAAUCCAUUUUAUAUUUAAAAAUGGGUAGUAAUUACCACCUGAUGCGUAAUACAUUAGUUAAAUAUUAUUACAACCUCACUAACAAUAAUGGCAUUUGUCUUUCUGCUGUAUAGACCUGUAUUCCCUUUCAGUAUUUUAGAUUUUCCAAUUAUCUUAAAAAAAGAGAGUGUUUUGUCUUCCUGGUGAUUCAUUAUAAUGGUGGCUAUAAUAAUAUUUUAUUAAUCUAAUGGAUCAUACUGUGCAGAACAAAUUCCUAGAAGCGAUAAAAGGUAAUAAAAGCUUUCAUUAUAAAAAAUGUUUUAAUACCGCUCAGCUCUGUUCCUCUGUAUAACCACAGACCCAUGCUUCAGUUAUGGAAAUUAGUCAUCAGGAUUUUGAGAAACACACAUAAAACAUCCGAGUUACUUGGAACCAAACCUGAGUCAAACACACAACCAGUGACAUCUGCACAUAAACUACACAUGAACAGCAGAGUAUUGUACUCUCCAUCUUCUUAUCUACCUUUUGGUAUCUUAGCUAAGGAAAUUUGCUGAUACAUCCUUUCUGUUUUGAAAUAAAGUGCCCAUCCAUCACCUUUAUGAGGUCCUUCAUGGCUUACAUCACAAGCAGUAACAGAAACAACCAGCAGAGGGCAGCAUUGAGCUAUGCCAUAAUAACACACUUACUCACUGUCCUGCACCUUGGAACAUUCACACUCCUUCAGAAAUGACAAGAUCUAGUGUGUACACAACAAGACCAGUCUAAGCAGUGCAUACAGUUACUCAAUACAACUACACAAUUCAAUUAAAAUAGGAGAUACAUCCCCUUGUUCGUUUAUUGUUCACAGAAAGGCCUUCCAUUAUUUAAAUCUGUUUGAUAUGUCUGUGUGUGGAGCGCCACAUACAGUGACAAGAGGCCGGGGCUUCGGAGGAAUGUUCCCACAUGUUCCAGCUGAAUUAGCCCUCUUAUUUUACCCCAGACACAUACUUUUGGGCUGUCUGCCAUCUCAGGAUUGUGCAAUGGCCUAAUUGCAACUAUGGGGUUCGAGGAGCAAAUGCCAUCCUCCUCCUACUCAACCAAUCUGUUAAAGUAUUCUUUAAAGGGUACAGGGUAACACAAGGAAGCAUGCUGUAUGCUGUGCAUGUGCUUAAUAAAUGCUUAAUUAAAGAUACAGUCAAGGUUUUUUUGUUGUGAACAAAUAAAUAAAAAUAAAAGCUUACACCCAGUGUACAAUAUGACACAUCUGAAACGACAAUAAUUGGCCAUUGUUCUUAUGUUUAUUGUACAUGUUGGUCCAUUGUUUAAGGUGUUUAGCAGGACCAAAAUAUGCUCAAUAAAAAUGUCAUGAAACACUUGUUAAGAAGAACUUUACAAGUCCUUAUAGCUAGAGGAGGCGCACAAUGAAACUAAACUUUGAAUAUAGGUUGAUUAAACCCAAUUUAAAUAAUUCCACAUUUCUAAUUUUAUCAAGAAGCAGUUUGAGAAGACCAUGUCAUUGUCACCCUGCUGAAGUAGUUUUCAGUGUUGCAAAUCCUGAGAUAGCCAGUCUGCCAGUCCAGUUUCAUUGGUGCUAACAACAAUGCAAGUGACCUUAAGCUAUGUCGGUCUAUAAUUAGAUUAUUAUAUUGACUAAUUAGAAAUGCAUGGAAUGCAGCACCAUAAAGCCACAUUGCUCUGCUCCAUCUGUGCUCCAAAGUGACUACAGUGUGACCCAAGACAUCGGAGCCCCCUCCCUCCCAAACUCCGCCUUCUAAACCUAUGGAUUCAAUAGUCCGGACUCUCAUAUCGCUUACUUUGGCCCACCAUCGGGUACUGGAGUACUGGUCUCCUCUACGAGCUACUGGUGGAGGAAGGGGUGAAAAAAAGUUUUUUUUUUCAGCGCCAGUGUCAGUCUUGUUCACUAGUGUUCACCAUGGGUUUGCUGCAACUUGGAUGUCUUGCCUGGAUACAUCUUACACUUGCCCUGACUGUGAGCGGGCUGAGCCGAACAGAGCUGUUCGACUACGGGGUGCAGUAUGGGGAUCAACCUCUGGAGCCGGGGUCCGACCAGACGGAGGAGCUCGCCCUGGACCAGACUCUUUUCUUUUACAAGGAUUCGUUUGACAGCGUUUACAUCAACACCAAUGGCUUCGUGGCCCUGGCAGAGGUCCCAGAGGAGUCAGAGUACCUGGGCAAGAUGCCGGCGGCCUUCGGCAUGCUGGCGGCUCUCCUAGGGGACCUGGACACCAGCGACGGCGUCGGUAAGGUGUACUACCGGCAGGACAGCAGCCCGUCCGUGCUGCUGCGGGCGGCCGAGCACAUCGGCCAGGCGUUCCCUGCCGACGACGAGGUGGAGCCCAAGCACGUGGUCAUCAUCACCUGGGAGAACGUGGUGGCGCAGGGGGUUCCUGGCCGAGGGGACGGAAUUGAGUCCAAUAGGAACACGUUCCAGCUGGUGGUGGCCUCCAUGGAGUCGGCCUCCUACGCUAUCCUGCUAUACCCGCAAGACGGCCUGCAGUUCCACUCCACACCCAUAGAGGGCGAGAGCAAGCCACUGGAGGUGGGCUUCAGCCAGGGCCAGGUGGCCGGCUGGUUCUGGAACACCAAUCAGGGCGACUACUACCGCGUCACCACUGACGACGAGGUGUCCAUCCAGGAGUUGACCAAGAAGACGAACUCCGGCCGUCGCGGCGUGUGGGUCUACGAGAUCGGCACCUCCCCCUUCUUCACCUCCAUCCACUCGGGCGAGGUCGAACACCUGUCCCCCGAAGAGUCCGUCCCCGGUGUGGUGGUCCCUGACACUCCAGAGAGGGGGCCCCAGUACCCCCCCGUCAACCCUCCUUACGAGACCGUGACGGACGCAUAUGACGAGUACGAGGACGAGACCCCGGAGAGCCCCUUCCCCCCGGUGCCCCCCACCCGGGUGCAGCCCGUGUACCCGGUCCAGUUCCCCGUGUACCCCGAGCCCACCGACUCUAAGCCCGUUUACCCAGAACCAAAGCAGCCGGAGCCCCGCAGGCCCCAGGUGGUGGUGGUGGACACAGAUGACCUGGAUGUGGAUGUGUUCUCCUACAACUACGAGACGUGUGCCAACAACUGGCAGAAGUGCUCCAGCUUCGCCGACUGCCGCGACUACUCCGGCGGGUACUGCUGCCACUGCCGGCCCGGUUACUAUGGCGACGGCCGAGACUGCGUGGCCGAGGGCAAGCCGCAGAGGAUGAACGGUAAAGUGACGGGCCGCGUGUUUGUCGGCGGCUCGCCAUCGCCACUGGAGUUCGCCAGCAACGAGCUGCACUCGUACGUGGUGGCCAAUGACGGACGGGCCUACGUGGCCAUCAGCACCAUCCCGGCCGGCCUGGGGCCCUCCCUGCAGCCGCUGGCCUCGCUUGGGGGCGCCAUCGGAUGGGCCUUCGCCCUCGAGCAGCCGGACUACGAGAACGGCUUCAGCCUCAUCGGUGGCAGGUUCACGCGGCAGGCUGAGGUGACCUUCCACCCGGGCGGCGAGCGCCUGAGCAUCACGCAGGUGUUCAAGGGCAUCGAUGAGCACGACCACCUGACCAUCAGCACCCAGCUGGAGGGGCGCGUGCCCGAGGUUCCCCGCGGUGCCACUGUGCAGAUUGAACCCUACAGCGAGAUCUACCAGUACAGCCGCAAUGUCAUCACGUCGUCCUCGCGGCGCGACUACACGGUGAGCCUGGCCGAGGGCGGCAUCCAGACGCUGAGCUACAGCUGGCGCCAGACCAUCAGCUUCGAGAGCUGCCAGCACGACGCGGGCGUGCGCCCGCCGACCCCCUCCUCGCAGCAGCUCACCGUCGACCAGGUGUUUGUCAUGUACGAUGCCGCCAACCAGCUCAUCCGCUACGCCAUGAGCAACAAGAUCGGCUCCAUCCACAGUGAGACGGUGGAGAACCCUUGCUUCACUGGCAGACACGGCUGUGAUACCAACGCCAUGUGCCGACCCGGCGAGGGAACCCAGUUCACUUGCGAGUGUGCCAGCGGUUUCACCGGAGAUGGACGCGCCUGUUAUGACAUUGAUGAGUGCAGGGAAACUCCUCAGAUCUGCGGCCGCCACGCCAUCUGCAGCAAUCAGCCCGGAACAUUCCGCUGUGAGUGCAUGGACGGCUUUCAGUUUGCCAGUGAUGGAAGAACCUGUGUUGAGGUGGAGCAGGCAGUGAACCACUGUCUGCGUGGUACCCAUGACUGUGAUCUGGCCGAGAGGGCACGCUGCAGCUACAGCGGCGGAUCCAACUACAUCUGCUCCUGCCUGCCUGGCUACCAAGGAGACGGACGGUCCUGCAGGGGUCAGUUGUGUAUAUUCGAUGAAUGUCAGCCAGGCCGUUGCCACAGAGACGCAAUCUGCUACAACACCCAGGGUUCAUACACCUGCCAGUGCCGUCCAGGUUUCUAUGGCGAUGGCUUCCAGUGCACACCCGAAUCAGAGCGUGAGAAGACUGCCUGUGAGAGGCACAGAGAGAGAGCCCAGACCGCCUCGGCCAACACCGGUGGCUACUUCUUCUUCCGGCCGCGGCCUGCCGUGGGACAGUUUGUCCCCUCCUGCGACCAGUACGGUGCCUACGAGACCAUGCAGUGCCACGGCAGCCUGGGCCAGUGCUGGUGUGUGGACCGCGAGGGACAGGAGAUCACCGGCACCAGGACUGGACCGGGCAGUAGACCCAGCUGUAUUGACCAGGGUGUGCCCCCGACCCCGGUGGGCCCCACCCCUCGUCCAGACGUCAGCCCCUGACCCGGGCACAUGCUGUUUGCACUCAUGAGCCGCGUCCCCUCCACAAACAUAUCAGGGCGGGGCCAAGACCCUGCUCCCAUGUCCUAUGUCCAGGAUAAGGUGGUGAUUGCUCUGGCCUACGACUGUGUGGACAAGAUGGUGUACUGGUCAGACAUCACCCAGCCGGCCAUCAGCAGAGUUCCUGUGCAGGGAGGACAGCCCUCCACCCUUGUCACGGCUGAUCUGGGAAGCCCCGAGGGUAUUGCUAUAGACCAUCUUUCUCGCCUGAUGUUCUGGACCGACUCUAUGAUGGACCGCAUUGAGGUGUCCAAGCUGGACGGCAGUCACCGCCGCGUGCUCUUCGACGAGGACCUAGUCAACCCUCGACCCAUCGUUGCUGAUCCCAUUAAUGGACGUCUCUACUGGUCCGACUGGAACAGGGACGGUCCCAAAGUGGAGAUGGCCAAUAUGGACGGCACAGACAGGAGUGCCCUGGUGUCCGUGGACCUGGGCCUGCCCAACGGGCUGACCUUUGACCCCCAGACCAGGCAGCUGUGCUGGGCUGAUGCCGGCACCCGUAAAGUGGAGUGCAUUGACCCUUACACCCGUCAGAGGAGGAAGAUAGUGGAGGGCAUCCAGUACCCGUUUGCUGUGGUGCACUAUGGGAGCAACCUCUUCUACACCGACUGGAGGAGGGAAGCCGUGGUUGCCGUGGACAGGCGGUCCGAGAAGGAGGUGGACUUCUUCUUGCCGUUGAGGCGCUCGCGGACCUAUGGCAUCACCACCACACACCCGCAGUGUCUACCAGGUGCUAACUACUGCUCAGGGAACAACGGUGGAUGCUCACACUUGUGCCUGCCGCGACCCGGCGGCCGCACCUGCGGUUGCCCUGACAACGCCAGGGAGGGCACCUGCGUGCAAAGACAACACCCGUGAGGACAGGGAUCAUCGCCACGGCAACUAUGAGUUCCCGAAAACCAAACAAAAGAAAACAACAACAACAACAACAACAUCAUAAAGAAAAACAAGGGGGAGGGAAUUGUAGGGAGAGGGAGGGAGGAGUCACAGGUGUGCUUCAUGACAAACUGUUGGUGCAAGGAGUGGAAAAGGAGGCGUGCAGUUGAGGAGAGAGCAAGAGAGAGGCAGAUGGAGAGAGAAAAAGAGGGAGGGAAUGAGAGCAUGAGAGAGAAAGAGAUAGAGGCAGAGAAAGAGAGAGAGAGAGAGAGAGAGAGAGAGAGAGCUGAGUCACAGUGCACUGUAGUAACCCAGAAUGCCACUGAAAGCCAGUAAUGGACUGCAGUGCCACUAUCUUCAGGGAGGGGAGAGGAGAGGGGGAUUAUGGGUAAUCAUGUGUGGGUGGGUAACGGGAGGGCUUUGAGAGUUUUUUACCUUAUUAUAUGUUUUGUUUUGUUUUUUAACCAAAGAAAUAUUUUGCAACUAUUUUCCAAUCCAAUGUGUUUUAAUGUAAAAUCACACAGUAAUUGCUUUGUUUGUUUGUUUUUUUAUCAUUGUAAAUAAAUACCUAAGAAUAUAUAGACACUAUUAUCUUUUUAAAAACAUAUACUGGGUCACUGUGGUGCUCUGGCAUAUAGUUCCUCAUGUUAGGUUUCUCACGGUUCUUAAUGGUUUACGUAAGGGAGUCCUCGGAGAUGCGUUCGGGGGUCUUUUUGGGGCCCCAGUGGGGCCCGCUGUACAUCUGGUGAACACCUCGACCGGGGGCGCGUUUUUUGGCUCACGUGUAGCAUGACCUCAUCCCUCACACACUCAUACAAACAUACACACACACACACACACACACACACAUAAACACUCAUCCACACACACUUAGGGCAUGGAGCCUAGUGUUCGUAUGUUAUGCUAGUCUGACAUAGAUGUGCUUUGUGUACAGCUGUGGAGUGAAAGAGAGGAGGAAGAGAGAGAGAGAAAGAAAGGAGAAGAGAAGCACAGACUAUAGGCUACAUUGGAAUGAAAUGAACACAAACAGGUCCUUGGGGGAAGGUGAAGACAUACACAUUCUGUACAGCUGUCUCAUUAAAACACGUGUUUUGUAAGAAA